GAUUAGCAGCCUUUCGUUAUCGUCCCUAAAUGAUCUCUCUUUUCCCAAUUUCCUUUCAGUUCUUGAGCACCGAGAAGAAAAUCCAAACGACAAAUUCUGUGUUUUUGGGUUUAAAACCCCUUCCGAACUUCCACCCGACGACUCAGAUGAAUGAGAACGGAAAUCGAUGAGGUUCCGUCGGAGAAACUACGUCGUUUCCUUGCACAGAUUUUUCUGGUUCACCGCCUUCGCCGUCUCCUUCUUCGUUCUUUUCAGUGGCUUCUCCUUCUCCUCUUUUCGCUUUCUUUUUGGAGAGAAGUUCCAGCCUGUGUUGAGCUUCGCCCGCAAAGCUUCGACUGUAAACGCCGCCGUUUCCGACGAUUUUCCGGUAACAGAGGUACUCUCGAUUCGCGAAACCGUUUUGCUCCCCGAUCAGGUUGUGCUUUUCCUGAACUACCCUCGGUAUGCUCGUUUAUUUACUAAAGAGGAACUCGACUGCGUUUACCUCCCGGCUCGUAACAGUACAACCUCAUCCGAGGCUCGGCUUAAGCUGUCCCCGGCGCGUGUCGAAGCCGAGCGGCUGGGUGAGCAGAUCGUGCGGUGUCCUACUGGUCCACGUGGACUGAUUGUAACGGUUGGUUCGGAGCCGAGUGGGGUCCUCCCACCUGGUCCCACUCACCGGUGGAACUCACUGGCGUACGAAGCUUUGGUCGAUAACGAUAACACGACGGUGGUUUUCGUCAAGGGGAUUAAUCUACGGCCGGACAGAGUUUCCAAUGCAUCGAGAUUUGAGUGCGUGUACGGCUGGGAUUUGAGCUGGUCCAAACUAUUGGUGAGAUCGGAGGUUUUAUCAAUUGCUCAAGAGAUCGUGCGGUGUAGAACGCCGUUAAGUGUUUUGAUCAGUCAACAAAAAGUCAACGGCUCAGUUAGAGUUUCGGUUAGGAUCAAGGGCAGAGGAAUAUUACCUUCCGUAGCCCGACUAGGGUUCUUAUCGGAUUCCGGGCAUUACCUGGUACCGACCCGGAAACCACAUGAAAUGUGCGUCUGCACCAUGGCACGUAACCAGGCGAGGUUUUUGAAGGAAUGGGUCAUGUACCAUGCCGAGAUCGGGGUCCAACGUUGGUACAUUUACGAUAACAACAGUGACGACGAUACCGAUAAAUUGAUAGAAUCGUUGUUCGACGCCGGUUACAACAUCUCGAGGCACAUCUGGCCGUGGGUUAAGACCCAAGAAGGAGGGUUCUCUCAUUGCGCAUUGCAAUCUAGGGAUUCCUGCGAAUGGGUUGGGUUCAUCGACGUAGAUGAAUUCUUUCACUUGCCGUCAGGGUUACUCUUACACGACGUGAUCCAAAAUCUAACGAGUUUCGAAACUCGAUCCAAGAACAUUCCGAUCGGUGAAAUCCGUGUCUCAUGUCACAGUUUCGGGCCGUCGGGACUCAAACAGAUGCCACAACAAGGUGUGACGGUCGGAUACACGUGUCGGAUUAUGUUCCCUGAGAGACACAAGAGUAUAAUCAGACCCGAAGCACUGAAUUCGACAUUGAUCAACAUUGUACAUCACUUUCAUCUGAGAGAUCGAUUUAGGUUCAUAGAUGUUGAUAGAAAAAUGCUAGUAGUAAACCACUACAAAUACCAAGUGUGGGAAGUGUUCAAGGAGAAAUUCUAUAGGAGGGUGGCUACAUAUGUGGCUGAUUGGAAAGAUGAUCACAAUGUAGGGUCCAAAGAUCGAGCCCCCGGGCUAGGGACUAAACCGGUCGAACCGAAUGAUUGGUCGAGUCGGUUUUGCGAGGUCACCGACACCGGCCUAAAAGAUAUGGUGUUACACAACUUUGCUGACCCAAAAAAUUCCCUUCUGCCAUGGCAAACUGUAGAUAAUGAAAUAACAAGAUUAUUGUAAUAAACUAUAUGUUUUUUCUUCUUAAUGAUACAAAA